AUGGCGGGGUUCUCGGCGGCAGGUCAUCUGGCCGCCGUCAUGGAUGUAUAUGAGUGGACGAUUUCAUACUUCCUGGCCCGAUCUACCGUGCACAUUCAAGAACCUCGUCUUACCAACUCUUUCAUCCUCCCAUCCUCCAGACUACCGACUAUCCCCGUCGCAUUCGCAAAUCCGCCGCCCAACAUGCCUGUCCCAACCGCCGAGCUCUUCGACAAGCAAAACGAAGCAAAUGGCACAAACUCCACGACAAAUGGGCAUUCCAAUUCCACUACAGAGCAAAAUUCCAACGAAAGCUACUUCACAUCUACUGGCGGCGCGCCCGCUGCGUCCGGUUCGUCGGCCCAGAAUGGGGAGAGUGGUCGCGCUCUGACCCGUGAGGAGGCGGAUCGCUUGUACGAGGAGCGGAUGGAGGAGGAAUAUGCUAAGAGAGAUGGUGGCGCAUGA